UAGCGGUACGGCAACAGUGUGAGCGUCAAUGCAGGCGCUUGAGUGAGUGAGUAAGCGCGCGCGUGUGAGUGUGUUGGUAUUUUUGUGCGCGCGCACACACACAAGUGCGGUCUUGCUUGCGGUGUGUCCUGACGCUUUUUUACACCCCAUCUAGUCUGCCGGUUGCCGCUGAAUGGUUGAAAUAAAAAAUGGUUGAAAUUUUUAAACUCAAAUUGAGUGAGCGCCAGGUAUGAGUUGGUGAGCGCGCUGUCGUUGUGCAGCUAACGCACGGUAUUGGCAAUUGCCGAGCGCAGCGCAGUGAGUGAGUGAGUUGGUAGACCAUCUAGUGAGGUUCUAUGAAUGGGCCGUUGGCGGGCGGUGCGCGCUGAGGGGCAGCUUGUGUGCAAGUAUGCAUUUCUGCUCAAUGCAAUGGUGGUGUCACAUGCCUGCACAUAUGCUGUGUGUUUGUAUUUGUUAGCUUUGUGCAAUUUUUCUACUUCGUCGUCUCUUUAUUUGUAUGUGUGCGUGCGUGUUUUUUACACAACUUGAUUCAUUAGCGUGUUGCGCUCGCAUGUAUGCUUUCAUAUGCAUUUGCGGUGACUGUUGUGUUCUGAGCGCCAAUGCUGUCUGCUGACUUACAAACACAAGCGCGCUUUGGACGACGUUUUUUAAAUAAAUUUACAGAGCGCAAAGCCAUUAGUAUGGCGAAUUCUCCCCCAUUUCCAAAUAGAGCAGCACUCAGCUGUGCGCAUUGUUUGCAUUGCAUUUUUUACUGUUCUUUAUUGGCUCUCGUCGCCUAAUUAAUGAGAGCGUUGCGGCUUGUGCAAUGAGUAGUAAGUGCAGCGCGUUCUUCGAAAAGUUCUUAAAACAGAAAAAAUAAUUAGUUAUUGCUCUGACACAGCACAACGCUGUGCACUUUUUAUACUUGCGGCCGGUGAUUCCAUUCCGUUGCGCGCUGGCACUGGCAAUCAUGCUGUUGUGCGCCUUCCGCCCCACAUGCUAAAAAACUGCAUUCUUACUCACUACCACAGCGCGCCAUACUCCAGGCGCUCUUUGUUCUGUUGCAUGCAUGUAAAGCUCUCACUUGCGCUCUUUGCUGAGCAAAUUGCAAUAUGCCUUUUUUAUUUCAUCUUGUCACCGCAUUCGCUGCAGCGCGCCAAUCGUGCAUUCUAGCUGUCAUUGCUUGCAUUGGUGGUUGUAAGCGCGCCAUGCCGCUCUACCGCUGCACCGUUGUUUAAGUAUAGCAUUUUUUUGCGCCCAUACUGUGUGAGUCUCUUCCAUCACACGUCCUGCUCCACCUCUCGCACUGUGUUGGUGAUAUGCAAUGGCAGCGCGCACGUUCUGCCGCGUUCUACUCGACGUCUGUCGCUCGUGGCUGCGUCGCCGCGCACUCUGUGUUGUGAUAUAAUUUUUAUAGUCGAGUCGGCUCGGCAGUCGCAAAAACGCAAGGCAUCCGAUAUGCAACGGAACGCAUUUUCGGACGCGGCCCGAGUCGAUCCGAGUAGCGUCCGAUCGCGCGUCCAGCAAUAGUAAAGUAUUUUUAUUAAUUUACAAUAAAAAAUUGUUGCUCAAGCGCUACCGCGUUGUGCUUGCGCGCAAAUGUAUUAGUGUUGUGACUGCACUUGGUGCAAUUGUUAUUGCGUUCGCUGUGUGGUUGUCACUGACGCAGCGCCGCUUUGAAUUUUCUAGAAAAAAAAAUCACCUCAAAGCAUCAGUAGCAACAUUACGAAUUUCUUUUAAUAAAUUAACAACAAUUAAAGGCACAACAAUUACAGCGAUAAACGCGGCGCUGACCACAGCACAACAGCCACGCAGCGGCGAAAGCGAUAACAACGCACACAGGCGCAAAAAAAAAAGAAAAAACAUAUAUUUUACAAACACCAUGUAAAGCAACAACAACAACGCAAACAAUAAUUAAUAAAGUUGACGAAAUUGUGCAAAAUCGCCUAAGUGAGUGCAGUGGCCGCGCGCAUGUGUGUGUGCGUGAGUGCGUAGAAUGCGUUCGCCGCGCGCUGCCCAAUGCCGCUUGCCUGUAUGUGCUUAAUGUGUGCGUGUGUGUGUGUGUGCGCGCGCAACUGCGUGUGUGUGCAGUGGCAGCAGCAGCGUCAGCAACUGCAACAGCAAUGGCAGCAGUGCCACUGGCAGUGGUUGCUGCUCAAAAAAGAAGGAAAUUGAAUUUAUUCUUUUGACGCGCGUCUGUCCAUCGCGAGCGCGCCAUACUUCCGCUACUAGCGCGCUUGUUGCAAUUCGCAUUUUGCGUGCCGCAGUAAGCACAAGCUUAUAGUGUUUAACAAUUACAACAGCAACAACGACAAUAACAAACACUAGGCAUAACGGCAUAACAACGUCUAUUCAAAGUCAACAGCGCCAACUAGUGUUAUUCCGCUGUUGCCAUUGCUGUUGCCAGCAACGCCGUCGGUCAAGCUCAAAAUAAAAAUAAAAAAAGAACAGCUAGAAAAAAAAUUUAGAAAAACACAACGCACUUUACGUAGCAGUCAAAUUUUGACAAUUCUUAAUAUACGCACACAUACGCGCGCGCCACACAACAACAUUACAACGCGCUGCAACCGAACACACAGUGCAUACGCUAUUGUAUUGCCAUGCGGCGCGUCGCUGCACCACCUUCACUGCCCACCACCCCCAGCGCCGCACGCCACCGUACUACAUCCGCCACCGCCGCCGCCGCCGUCACCAUCGCCAACACUCCGCGUUCGCACGCAAAACACCGCGCGUCGUAUGCGUCGUGUGUACCGCGAAUCAGCGCGCCGUCGCCACUCAAAUGUUCUGUUCUGUUCUGUUGUGCAGUCGCGUACGCGUACCGGCGCACCGUUGACGUUGUUACUAUUACUAUUAUAUUUGAUGGCUAUUUUUCACGUUAUUUUCACGAUUGUUACUUAAUUUUACACUUGUCGAGCGUUUUCCUGCUUUCUCGUCUGCCUGCGUCGUUCUUUGAACAGUCGGUGAUGGUGUGGCGUUAACAACGCGUCAACAAUAUUUAGUGCAUUUUUUACAGUUAUUGAUUUUUUUCAUUUGUGAUUUUAAGUUCCAACAAUAAAUUUCGAAAAUAAUGCCAAUAUUAAUAAUUGAAAAUAAAUUUACGUCGAUUUGAUUGCAAAUUGAAAAUCACAAAUAAAUGUGCAGUGACCCACGGUGCAAUUGCAAUAAGCUUCGUACAAAAAAAAAUAUAUAUAAUAAUAUAUGGGAAAAAGUUUUUUGAAAACUAAACAUUUUUGUUGAAAAAAAUACACACACACACAUACAUAUAUUUUUGUUGAGUUGAAAAAAGUAUACAAGAAUAAUAAACAACUUAAAGAUAUAUAUUAAAAAAAUAUAUAUACAAACACAAUACAAAUUAAAAUAAUUUAAAAAAAUUUAAAAAUUAAAAUAAAAAAUUACAAAAACAAAUAAGUUGGCAAAUGAAAAUGAGUUUUUAGAAUUUUACAAAGACACAAAUAUACAUAUAUGUAGUCAAACAUAAAGUGCAAUCUAAGAGAGAAUAAUACAAAAAUUAACAAAAGAUUAUAUAAAAAAGAAAUUCAACUAAAUUCGCAACAACAACAACAACUGAAGACACAUAUGCCACCAACAUAAGCGUGUGUGGCAUGCAACGCGUCGAGUUUGCAGCAAGUAGGCGAUAUAAAGCGACAAAUAAGUUUGCAAGAAAGCAUAUCCAACAACAAUAACAGGCGUGCAGCCAACAAACACAGUUGCCAGAUAGUUAAAAAAAUAAAUUUCCGUUUUGCUUCUGAAUUAUUUUAAAAUAAAUCGACGUUAUUGCAUAUGAAACAGUUAUAUACACAUACAUAUAUAUAUAAUAUAUAAAACAAAUACAACAACGUAGCAAUAACGAAACGGUUGUUGUUGUAAAUAGCAGCAGCAGCAGCGGACGGACAGCAGGCAGCAGACGACAGCCGACGACAACUGCAGUGGCCGCAAGCUUUCCAGCGCCCCUCCAACGCCUACCAACAAAGCAUCACCGACAAGCAGCAGCAGCGGCAAAAACAAUCACAAUAAUACGGCGCUUAAUUAAGCAAUACCUACGCGUUUGGCCCAUGGAAGAAUUGGCUUAGAACGGAUCGCUGAGGAGUUGAUGGAACGCAUGAAAUGGAAGCAAUAUCAAGAGCCAUUAACUACGCGCGUCCAUACAAACAAUCACACCGUACAAUCGCCAGCCGAAACAGCAGCAACAGCAGAAUUGCCAGCAGCAACAGCCGCCGCCAGUACAGCAGCGACCUCAGUAGCCCCACAAAUCCCAGUAGAACGGCAAACAUCAACAGAGUACGAUCAACAACAACAAAAACACAACGAUCAGCCUGUCGAGGAGCAGAAGAUUACACAUUUGCAGCAACCAAAAUCGAUCAACGAUCUCACAGACACCAAGAGUGCACAGUCAUCAUCAUCAUCACCAACAUACGGCCAGAGCAACGGCACUGCAACAGACAACAACAACAGCCAACACAAUCUUCAAUACGAGCAAACACACGAGCGCACAGUCGGAGGCGGAACGAACGCCGAAGAACAGCAACAAAACAAAGGAAAUACGCAACAAAGCAACUGCGUAGAAGACUCCAUAAAGGCUAAGGAGGAUCGGGAGGCGCAAGCUGUUACAGACAAUACAACAACAUCACAUAAUCACAACCAACUUCACCGUAAUAACAGUAAUAGUGUAACAUUAAAUAAUAAGACAAAUUGCGGCAACCACAACGGCAACAACAACAACGGUAAUACAUCAAUAAAAGCAACAAAUUCAUCACACACAAACACAACAACAACAACAAACAUCACAAGCGUUAACGCCAAUCAGAAUAGCUUGUCAAGUGUAACUACAUCACCACCGUCAACGCAUCCACCGCAGCGUGCCACUGAAGCGCUUGAGCGGCAGCGUACGCCCACCGUUGAACCGGUCGAUUGGAAGCCGAAUGAGAAGUGUUAUUUUUGUGUGGACGGCAGAUUACUCACGGUGAACGCGAAGGGAGAACUAGUAGCCGAGCCGGCGGGCCCCAUUGUGUCCGCCGUCGGCGGCGAUUCAGUGGAACACGUUCACAGGCAGCUUGAGACCGAUAGCGAUUCGAAUGAAUCAGCGCAUGCGAAUUUGGUGAAUAGUACAACAACUGCGCCUGUUGUUAACAACAAUAACAACAACAGUAGUACGCAUAACAUUAACAACAACAGCAACAACAAUAAUAAUAAUAACAACAAUCGCAUCGACUGGAACAAGCUGUUGACGACACGUUUAGUUGAUUUGCCAGCGAAUAUGACUUCAAUGGACUCAAUGGCCGCGCAGUUAGCAGUCAUUUCUGGUUACCCAAAUUUUAAUUGGCUACAAUUGAUGCAACAACAGCAGCAGCAAGAGCAGCAGCCACAUCCCGCACCGAUACAACAACAAACACAGCCACAACAACAGCAUCAGCAACAACAACAGCAACAGCAAAUAAGUUCGGCGACACCAACUACCUCAGAGACAUCGGCCGCCGCUGUUAGUCCACCACUCAAGGAUUCGCCCAGUCCCAGUGAUGCCACCGGUGAACAACCCUUAGAUCUUAGUUCGAAACCAUCGCCAAAUUCGUCUAUUAGCGGCGAUUUGAAGUCAGUGCGCUCCAAGACGAUGCGCGCUACCCCCACACUCUCUGCACGUCGCCCCUGCACCGAUGAUGCACUGAGCAGCACCGUACAAGAACUUCUCAGCGGAAAGUAUAGCACACGUAAAUCGUCAGACCAAUACGCCGGUGGUUCGAGCACGAGCCCAGGACGCGCCAGAUCCAAUCGCACCGGAGUGAGUGGCAAACGUGCGAAUGCACACCUAGCCAACGCGCUCUUACACGGCAUGGACGCGGACAAGGAUAUGUCCGGCGAUGAAUGCAGCACUGGCGAUGGUCAUACAGGCAUAACUGGCGGCCAUGGUAGUAAUGCUUCAACACCACAACCAGAAAUCGCCACACACACUGCACUGGAGGAGCUCGCCAACCGGCUAAACGCGACACAUUCUCUGCGUAAAUAUUGUGUGAAUAACGGUACCGGUGAUACGGGACGACGCGAUGCCGCCAAUGAUGCCGGCAAUUGCAGCGAUUUGUCACCAAAGCCGAGCGCAAUAUACGUUGAUGGCGCUAAGUGUGACGCCGGUACACCGUCGAGCAGCGCUACACCACAGCCGCAGCAAUCGCCGCCAACGACUGGACUGGAUCCGACAUUAGCGAUUUUACAGGCAUUCCUCUUUACGCUCACCAGCUUUGGCGCUUUGCAGCAACGUGCCGAUCAGCCGGUUACUCUGCGUGAUUUGGUGGCCAAUUUGAAGGACAUGUUGGAAACACAUACUGCGGGUGAUUUAAGUGUGGAGGGUCUUUUCAGCAAUGGCAAGCCCAAUAUAAUGGACCAACCGUUGUUGGCGCAAAAGCUGCAACAACAAACGUCAGCGUAUGCGGCACAACGCUUACCCAAAUCAGAUACACCAGAGACCACGAGCUCGUUGGACCACCAUGGGCCGAUUGGUGAUGAUCUGGCUGCGUCGAUUCUUAAGAUUCCGUCCUAUAAGCCAGUGGCAGGCACGCCGACGCCCACAUCGGCUGCCGCACGCGCCUCAUGCUCGCCAUCCUUGCUGUGCAACAAUUCCACCGCCAAUCCCAUGCCAAAUCCCAAUGGCGAUAGUCCGCAUUCUGCGCCCUCACCACGCAUCGCCAACUCUAUGCUGGCCGCUGCUGUGGCGGCCGCUAGCAAUAACGGCACCGUCGCAUCUACCGGCCGUCAGGGCAAUAAUGAUCUAUCUGUCAUUUCGCCGCCACUAAUGCAGCACCCCCAAUCACCACCGUCGUUCAGUUUUCGCGAUAUGAUCGCACAUGGCAUUCACCGCACUAUGAAUGAGCAGGCCAAUCAGGACGCGCAUGCCGCCGCCGCUGCUGUUGCUGCGGCUUCGGCGCCAAUGCUGGGUCUGUGCUUAGAAAUGGAGCGCUCGUCUAACAACAAUAGCGGCAGCAGUACGGAUCAUAAGAAACCUACUAUAUCGGUGGUGAAGAAUAUAGGUGGCACCGAUACAACACGGUUUGGUGCUGCACCCAAUGUCUUGGCUGGUUCGAGUGUGGCUGGUAGCAGUAGCAGCACACACAACUCACAUGGUUAUCACCAGGCGCACAUGCAUCAUCAUCUGCCACACCAUCUGAGUCGCCAAGAGGCAGCAGCGCUUGCCGCCGGCAAAGGUACCCGCCCGAAACGUGGUAAGUACCGCAACUAUGACCGCGAUAGUUUAAUAGAAGCAGUACGCGCUGUGCAGCGAGGCGAGAUGUCAGUGCAUCGGGCGGGCAGCUAUUUCGGUGUGCCGCAUUCAACGCUCGAGUACAAAGUGAAGGAGCGACAUUUGAUGCGGCCGCGUAAGCGUGAGCCCAAGCCACAGCCCGGACUAGAUGGUAGCAGCAGCACGACAACGGGCAAAUCAAACUCUAACAUUCCUGGUCAUCAUAACAAUCUGAACAAAAUCAAGUUGGGCAACGCUGGCAACAGUAAUGUCAAUGCCAAGCUCAACGAAGCGCAUAAGGGCAAUAGUAACUCAGCAGCGGCCGCAUUCCCAACCAGCGCACCAAACGGCAUGAAAAUGCUUUUCGAUCCCAUCCAAUAUCCGGCGCAUCUAUUUUGGAAUCCCCCGCCAGCCUUUAGCCAAAUGCAUAUGGAAUUCAAUCGCAAUGCAGUGGCGGCGCAAAGCGCCAGCGCGGCACAACGUUACACCGAAGAAACGCUACGUGGCGUUGGCGGCACAUCAGCUGGCACGCCUUCUAACGCCAACAGCCCCAGUCCUAUUGCCAGUCCGUUGUCGGCUGCGGCAAGUCAUACACUCAAUAUGAAGAGUGCGCGUGAGCUGGCCGAAAAUUUGUAUGAAAGCGCUGGCGCCAAUGGUUCCUCAAUACUCGACGGCAUCAUACGGAAAACGCUCGACCGCAAAAGCACCGAUGUGGGACCGCCGAACAGUGCCGGUGGUGCACAACUCGACCACUUGCUGGUGAAGAAAAAUGUCCUACCGCCAUAUGCCAGCAACAACAGUAACGAUCAUCGCUCACCCAACGCCAUGAGCAGUCUACGCGCUAAACGCGCCGCCAGUCCGCUUGCAUAUACCGAAAUCAAACGUGAACGCGGCAGUCCGCCACACAGUAGCGGUGACGAUGAUGAUGACGACGCCUCACGCAGCGGCAACGACGAAAGUAGCUACGAGCACAACAAUAAUAACAACAGCAAAGGUAGUUACAUCGGCAAUAAUGAGUUGCAUCUCCAGCAUCAACACUUGCAUCAUCAACAACACAGUCGCAGCCGCAGCCGCUUAACCUCUCACGACUCCGCCGAAACCGAUACGAGUAGCAUACCCAGCGAGCUCAUGACGAAUCACAACAACGGCAACAAACUGACCGGCGAUCUUAAUGGCAAUGGCGGUAGCUCAACAAUGAGCGGUAUGCUACCCAAAGUGGAACCACCGCUUGAAUUUGGACACGCACCACCCACAUUGAGUAGCACAUCCAUACUACAGGAAAAGUUGGCGCAAAUUAAGGCCGAGCAGGAGAACGAAGAGCACUUAUAGAGAUGAAUGAACUGGCCAUACGGCAUGUCGUUACAUUAGCGGUACUAAAACGCUAACGGUUAAGGAGGGGGCAAUUAAUAAUGGUGCUGAUUGUAGGCUCAGUAAAAGGGCGCAGAGCCAAACGGCACCGAGAGGCGUACAAAUCUACCUAGAAUCCAAAACAGAACGGUCAUAACAGUACCAGCGAGGCGCAGCGGUAUACCGUGGAUCUGCAGGCAUGCUAGAGCAAAAGCUGUUGGGCGAAUAGAACUUCAACUUGUGGCACUCACCAUGCCGGGCGUUAGUUGGGAUAUGCAUUCAGAGAUCGGGUUCGGGAUCGCCGAUCGCCGGUCGCUAACGGUAAUCAGUUCAAACAGAAGCUUAGUCAAAAUUGAAGUGCGGCAAUUUAAGCUCUUAGUAUAUAAUUACAAACAAAUAUAUAAUAUGCUAAUAUAUAUAGGUGAAAUUAUGUACACACACGUACAUACAGAACAGACAUUUGUGUAUGAAAGAAAUGUACAGUUUAUACCCACACAACAAACAGAUAGACAAAGGAAGUACAUAAGGUGAAGAAGUAAAAACAAAAACAAAUUUUAAUUAAUACAUACAAUAGCUGUAAUACAUAUAAAUAUAUAUGUGUGUGUGCAUUUAGCCUGGAAGCGCAUGUAUGUAUUUAUAGAAAAUAAGACCUAAAAUCAAAGUAAAGUAAACUAAAGGGCGUGUGGGCGUAAAAAACCAAAAACAGCAAAUAAAUAAUGGCUAACGGAGAAUGGAAGACGGUGAAUAAACAAAGUAAAUAAAUGAAAAUGUGAACAAGCGAUAAUAUACAUACAUAUAUCUAAGUAAAAGUAUAGUAAAAAUCAACACUAAACUAACACAAAGGCAAAAUAAAUAGGUAACAGUAAAAAUAAUUAAAUAAUUAUACAAUCCAACAAUAAAAAAAAACUUAGAGUUAUAGUAUGACAACAAAAACAACAUAGUAUAUCAAUUGCAGAGAUCAUAGAUAUAUAUAUAUAUACAUAUAUAACAGAGAAGGAUCUUUGCAUGAUAAAACAAAAACAAAAAGGAACAACAACAACAGCAACAUACUGAAAAUUUUCUGUUUCGUUUUCUGACAAUCGACAAAUAGGCUCUCCUUGUACAAACAAACAAAACAAAACAAAACAAAAUGUAGUUAACUACAUGCAAACAAAGCAAAGCAAAAACAACAAAAACAAAAACAAGAAAAUUAGUAAUAAAAUAGCAAACCGAAAUAACAUAAUAAUAUAAAAGCUAAAUCAAAACACACAAAGCAAAACCAAAAACAAAAAAAAAAAAAUUAAGUAAAUAAAAAAUAAAAACUAAAAGAGAAAUCAAAUAAAACUAUAAGCAAAAUAACAAGCGAAAACAAUACGAAAAAUCAACACUGAAAACAAAAUUUCAAAAAACAAAUAAACAAAAUAAAACUCAAGCUAAUAUAACUUUAAAUAGCGACAAAGCAUAUUACAACAACAAUAAAACAGUUGAAAACAUUUGCAAAGAGAACAAAACUUCGCGCAGAAUAUGCAAAUUUAAAAAGAACAUUUCGUUUUCUUAGUUUCCGAAAUUAAUUUUGAUUUCCAUUACGAAAGAAUAAGAGAAUUCCAAAAACCAAACACACCAGCAAAUAGACAAAAUGCAAAUACAACAAAAAACAGGAUAGCUUGACUUGUAAAACCAAUCUGAUCCUAACAAGAAACCGAAUGCAACAGCAACAAUGCAACAGUGCAGAUGCAACCAGCAACAACAACAAUACCAACCAGCCAAUACAACAACAAAACAACAGCAAUAAAAUCGAACAACACGCAGUCUCAAACGCAGCAAUAACCGCAAUAGCAACAGGCAAGCAGCAGCAUCAAUAACAACAACAACAGCAACAACAAUAAGCAAUAAACAAUGAAUAAUAAUAGAAAAAAACAUUAACAUACAACAACAACUCCGAAAAAGCAAUAAGCAAAACCGUAAUGUUGUUCCAAGUUGUAAGGGCGGAGAAAGCGGGAGGAAUCACAAACAAAAAUAACGGUUUUAAAAAAAAUUUAAGUUUAGAAAAACAGUGCACUCUAAAGGUAAAAUCUUUAAAGUUAGAAUAACUGUGUAUACUCUCAAGUAUGGAAAUAGAAAUGCUUGAAGAAAUCUGGCGACUCCGAAAACAUUUCGGAACUUCUAGAUCGUAUAUGGUAUACAAGAGAAUGUUCUCUUUAACUUGUAAUACAAAUAUAUGUAUGUCUCAAUGCUUUCAAAACUUAACCAAGGUAAAUUACAGUUAUUCCCUUAUGAAUGUUCCGAAAAGAAUAGAGAAUGAUGCGAAACAUUUCAUCUCAUCAAAAAUUUAAGUUUAAUUAGAUAUCAUAAAAAAAUUUCUUUCGCUGAAAAGACUACAAAAAUCAGUAAACAGUAAAUCUGAAAAACGCAGCACCAUUUGCCAUGUCUUGGUAGAGUUUUAGAUGACAGAAAUUUAUUCCAAACAAUAUUUAGUCAAAAUUUUGUGCAUAUAAAACAAAAUUGUAACCGUUUUUAACAUGUAUGUACAGAGAAGCCAUAUUUCAAAAGAUAGAAUUAACAAUGUCUGAACUUUACAAUUCAGUAACUUCGUCUGAACUUAAAGCUUUCAGCCCAAGAAUAUACUAGUUCUGAAAUUUUCACUAAGAAACACAGGUUAAAUCGACGGAAAUCGAAGAAACCUUUUACAAACAACUUCGUAGUAAACUUUUGUGCCUAAAGCGCGAAAAACUUCUUAAAAAUAUUAUUCCAAAGAUACAGUCUAAGCAUUUUCGAAACCUAAACGACUUGGAAGCAACAUUACUUUACAAUAGUUACAUCAAUACAAAUACGAAUUGAACAGCAACAACAAUGCAAUAAACAAGAUAGUCCAUUACAGGUCAGAAUCGCAGUUACAUACCCAUAUUCCACAACAGAACUCCACAACAAUAGACUAUAUACGCAAAUUCAACUAAAAAUAGAAAUAACCUAAAUAACACAUAAAAAUAAAAAAGGAUUUUGGAGCAUAGUUUCAUUUGUGGCACACUGGAAACGUUGGAAAUACUGGAAAAAAAUUGUAAUGAAAAAAAGUAUUGCACAAAUAAAGCGUAUGCUCCAAAGGUCGUAACCAUAUUUACUAAGGAUUAUUUAAAUAUUUAAAAUUAGCAAACUGUCGAGAAAAGUAAAUUAUCAAGAAAGUAAUAAUUAGAACAUUUCAGAAAUCCUCAAGACGGAAAUCAAUAAACAAAGCUGCCUUCACAUUUACAAAAAGAUCAAAGAAAAAACACAAAAAAACAAUUUAAAGGGAAUAUUAAAAAAUUAAAAUGCUAAAAUUGCUUAGAAAAAAUAUUCAAAUAUUAAAUUACACACUAAAAAUAAUUAGUCAAAAGUAAUGAAUGUUUCAAAAAAGCAAAACAAAUGCAUUUUAUGUUGCCGAAGUAAAGAAAAAAUCUUUGAAUUUGCCUACCCAAAUUAACAAAAGCCAAACACACACUUAAUUUAUUUAAUUUAAAUUAAAGCAAAAAUAUUUUUGAGGAAAUUAUAAAGAUUAAAGCUCGUGGUCAACAGAUUAAGGUGAAAUUAUAUAUAAAAAAAAUAACUUUCGGUGUUAAAUACAAAAAAUUUAAAAAAUAUGUCAAACCUAUGCACAUACAUAUACAUACAUACAUACACGUAUUUAUCAUACCUAUAUAUUUAUGUAUGUACCUAUGGAAAAUAUAUAUUUAAGCUAAGCAAAAGUCUAAACAAAAACAAAGUAUGCUAAAUUAAAUGUUCGGUGUUCGUAUAUCAUGAAAAAGCAAAAACAAAAUCCAGUUUUGGCAUAGCAACAAUAUAAGUUUAUGUCUGACAUGUAUAAUUAAGAGAGAAAAUUCCAAAAUUUAAAUGCAUGUGUAUGUAAAACUUUUAAUGUAUGAUAUGUAUGUGUCUUCAUGUCGAGUAUACCUCAAAAAUAACAGUACAUCAUCAUUUUGCAUAGCACAGUGAGAGAGAGAAAGAGAGAGAGCGGAGUCAGCAGUUCAACCUAUCAAAAUUGUAAAUUAUUGAGAGACUUACGCUGGAAAUUUAUAAAUGAACAUUUGUCGUUUUAGUGUUAACGGCUUUGGAAAUCCAAUCUAUGUGUAAUAAGGCAUAAGUAAAAAUAAAAAAAAAGUUUAUAGUGUGUGUUAUGGCAAUGAAAUUUUAUUUGAAAACAGCUGAGAAGAGGAAUGUUUCUGGCAAGACAUGAAUUUAGUUUUUAAAUAAAAAUUAAAUUUGUUUACAUGUAAAAAAAGUUAUAGAACAAAUUAUUGAAGAAAAACUAAAAAUUUAAAGCAAAUGCAAGAAAAAUCACGUUCAAAAUUGAAAACAUUAACUAAAUUAAUUUCAAAAUUUUUAAUUUUCGAGACAAUAAACUUCAAGGUACUUUGAGCAUAAUAAAUAUGUAAAAAUAAUUUUUUUCGAAAACAGUAACAACAAUAAUUUGAAAAUUUUUCGUUUUUUUAAGAAAUGCUAUCAUUUUCGAGGCAUUAAACUUUAACCAAAAUACUUUUACAUUUUACUGAUUUUUUAGCAAUUUUAUCAUUUUCGAAUACUGAAUAUAUUCAUUAAAGUAAAAGGUUCAAAUUUAAAAAUAGUAACUAACAAAAUAUUGAAGUUUAAAUUUUUAUAUCAACAUUUUCGAGGUAUUAAACUUUAUAGAGUACACUUUAAAGUCAAAAUUGCUAUGAUAAAAAGACAUUUUAAAAAGUGUUAGAAUAUUUAGUAAAAGAAACAUUUGCGAAAAAAUAAUCGGCGCACAUUUUCAUAUUAAAAUUGUUUGUCGCAAAGUUUAGAAUGUUUUAAAAACUACAAUAACUUUCGGAAACAUAUUCUUUCAGUAAAUAAACAAAUUUUAGUUUGUUAGUAGAAAAAAUGCAAAAAAAAUUUUUAUCCAAAAAAAUAUUUCAAAGAAAUAACUUUAAAAAUUUUGCAACAAAAAUAUUCUAAAAAAUUUCAUAAACAAAAUUUUCUAAGAAAACCCUUUACAUUUACGUUUUUUUUUCAAAAGAAAAUUUUCCGGUUUUUGUAUAUUAUAAAUUAAAAGGUGUUUUUGUACAAAUUUAAUAAUUUUUCAGACAAAAAAAUAAUUUAAAAUACACUUAAAAUUAAAAAAAAAAUUGAAAAACAUAAAUUUUACCAAAGAAAUAAUUUUUCAAAUUUUUCCAAAGAAAAAUUAAAAAAAAAACAAAUUUUCAUAAACAAAAUUUCCCCAAAAAUAUUUUUCAAAAAAAUUCGAAUAUUAAAUUUCAUUUUUUUUUCAAGAAAUUUUUUUUUAAUAAAAUGUUAUGAAUUUUUGUCAUAAGCGGCAAUUUCGAAAAUAUUUUAGUAUAAUAAAAGCUAAAAGAAACAUUCCUCAAGCGUUGAAACAAACUAAGCUAGAUAUAUACUUUUCACUGCUUGCCAUUUCAUUGUUUUUCAUGAACUCCGGCAACAUUUCGGCACUGCGAAAAAUUUAUCCCAAUUAAAUGUGUAUAUUUUUAAAAAUAAUAAAGUAGAUAUUAAAAAAAUAAAAGAAAAACUUAAAUGUACCUAAACAAAUUAAUUCGUGUGCUACGUAAAACUUGCGACUGUAGUGGAACCGUGAAAGCACAGACAAUUUUUUAUAUACAUAAAUACUUACAAGCAUGCAUAUACAUACCUAUAUACAUACAUAUUUGAGUAAAAUGCAAAAAAAAACAAAAACAAAUCCAAAUCAAAAGCAAAAAAUUAAAUGUAAAACAUUUUUGUGUCGAAAUUAUAUAUAAAAUAUAAAUACAUACAUACAUACGAGUACAGUACAUACCAACAUAAAGACAAGUUUCAAAAAAUAUAUACAUACAUAUACUUAUAUUAAAGUAAAUGCUAAGAAAAAUUAAUCCUUUUGAAUGUGCGUAUAUUUAGAUAAUUAUAUAAAUAAAAAUUAUUAAAAAAAACAUAUUUAAGAAAAUCAAAAAAGACUUUGGCAUUUUUCUAAAAGUCUACACUUAUACACAAAAUAAAUAACUGACACACAAACAUAUAACACUUGUAAAAGACAUGUUAAGUAAACAUUUCCGGAAUGCUUUUUUGACUUUUGGCCAUAAAUUUUGUGCGUAUGCGUGUAAAAAUCAAUGUAUGUGCGUAUAUUAAAGAAAAACAUUUUUUUCACUUAUCACGUUCGUGUUUACAUAUGACAACUAUUUGACAACUGACAAUUGACCAACAAUUUUGAACAAAUAACUGUUUUAGCCAAGACUACACGACCACACAACACAUACAUACAUACACACAUGCAUACAGUCGAACUGUGGACCUUCGUCGGCAUCUUGCCAGGUUAGGCUGCAUGAUCUGAACGAGAUCAAGGCCAGAAGUACACACAUAUAUUUAUGUAAUUAUUGCGUAUGUAGUAAUUUUAUUAUAAUUAUAUUUCAAAUUUACCACAAACAAACCAGUGCAUACAUGCACAAAAACAUAUUUAUUAUAUAUACAAAAAUUACAUACAUACAUUAGACACUAUCUGUGAUUUAUAAUCCAAAAUUAUUGAUGCGAAAAAUGAGUAUUCAAGCAAAUUCGCAAAAGGAUUGGCAUUGAAGCUGUUGAGGAGUAUUAAGUGAAGAAAAUAAAUAUGAAGAAAAAGCGAAAGUAAAACGAAAAGUGGAAUUGAGCAAAGAGGAGUGCUAAUAAAAAGCGAAGAAAGUCUAAACAAAAGUAUGAUGAAAAGACAAACGGUUAUGGGACUAAUAUAUAUGAGACAUCACAUUAGCCACUUACAUACAUAUACAUAUAUGAUAAAUAAAUGCUGCAAGGACAUAAGUGUGAAACUGUUGCAAAGGAGGAAAUAAAAAUUGGUAAUAUUGAGAAGAAUAAACGGCAAAUAUAUAUCUUAAUAAAAAUAACAUGUUGUUUGAAGCAAAUUACGCUCUUGAGACCAAACGUAGAGCAAAAAAAAGUAACACGUAUGUAUAUAUAUACAUAUGCAUUCCUAUACAAAUGUUUGCAUGAAAAUUUUGGCGCAAUUUUUAACGUAAAGUUGAAAUUAUAGCAAAAAAAAACUUUGCUAUAAAAAAUUGUUUGCUAUAAAAAUUUUGUUUAACGUUACAAACAGGAUUUAGUUCCAACUUAAAAUUACCUUUAAAAGUUUUCUACGAAAAGCGCGCAAAAUCAAUUAAAAAACAAUAAAUUUGCACAGAAACACCAGUCGAAAAGCGCAAGCAAAAAUUAAUUUUGAAACCAAAGUCAUCAAAAUUUAUUCAAAACGUGUUUCCACCAACAUACAUACAUAUGUAUAUAUUGAAAAUAUAUUUAAAACCACACAAUAAUAUAAAAGCAAAAAUAUCAACAAAAAAUAAACAAAAUUAAAAGUGCAAUUACUUGGAAAAUAAAUGGUGAAAUGAUGUUCGUUAGUAAAAAAAAUAAAUAAAUAAUAAAACAAGAAAAAAAUUUGUAAAGAAAUAUAUAUAAAAAAUUUGCGUAUAGGGAAAAUUUAGCAGCAAAUGUAUAAUUAGAACUUUGAUUGAACCAAAUAUAAAAUUAAAUUAAAAAGUUAAAAGAAAUAUAAAUGAAAAUUAUAUAAAAAAUUAAUACAAAAGUUUGUAUAAAAAUGCAUUCUAAUUAGCAACAAUUUAAAAACAAUUUUUUAAAAAAUUUUUAAUAUAAUUUCACUGCUUAAUUUCAAAAAAUUAUGCGUUGCAAUGAGUUGAAACUAGGAAAAAAUAUAUACCGGACAUACAAACAUACAGCAGAAAUGCGCUCAAAGUUGCGCUAAAGCUUUGCUCAUUGAAGAGUCGACUGAGCAGAAAUAGCUUGCACAACUGAGAGCAUACUAAUGAAUACAAAUAGCGUUAGAAAGCAAUAAAAAAUUUGCAAGAACGAAGUGGUAGAGGUGAUAAGAGAGUACGAAAAUUGUUUUCGAACUUAACGAAACAAAAUUUGUUUAAGUAAAACUUAUUUUUUCAACUUCUCAAAACUAAUAUUGGAAAACUGGAGAUUUUCUUAAGCUUUCAAACAAAUUUUGCAAAAGUAAAAGCUUUUCUUAAGUUUCCAAAACAAAUUUUGCAAAACUUAAACCUUUUCUUAAGUUUUCCAGCAAGUUCGUUUGCCUGAUAUGGAACUUAGUUUCAAAUAUCACCUCUGCACACACUCGCGAAUUGACUCUAACAACAACCGGCCGAUUUCAAAAGCUUAUGGCAUACAAGAUGAAACAACAAAAAAAGGAAACACACACACAGACAAGUAUUGGGACAAAAAGACAAGUUAAGCUACAGUUGAUUUAAUAAUUAAGUUAAGAAAACGUCUAAAGGCGGACGUUUAGGGCUGAAUGAAUGGGAGAGCGCUUGAAGGAGCGCGCAGAGAAUGCAAAUUGUAUGUAAAAUCCCUCAGGUAUGUGUUUUAUUUUCGGAGAGAAAAAAGAUUGACUACCAUACUUUUAAAUAUUGUAUUUUAAAAUGCUAAAUAGAAUGUUAGAUUUGUAAAGAGUUAGUAAGCAGAUAGGACGUGUUAGCGAGAUAGAGAGAGAGAGAGAGGGCGAGGGAGCACGCGAGAGAAAAUGCUGCUAAUUUAGGAGCCUGAGUAUUGCGUGUGCAGGAAUGAUCAAAUGUUGUUGGUGUGCAGCCACAAGUCGCAAAUGUCUCUAUUUUCUUUGCAAGCACCUCGUCAACACGCAGUUUUGUACAUACUUACAGACCCACAGUUAUAGAAAUUUAUAUAGUUUUUGUAAUAUACGACAUGCAUACAUACACAUACAGGAUAUGAGCGUAAUUUUACAUAUAAUUUUAUUUUUUAAACCUAAAACUUAAAUAUUUUUAACUAAAUAAUUGUGUUAGUAAUUAAAAAGUUAGUUGCUAGCGCAUCGUUACAUAGAACUUUUGCUACGUACACACAUACAUAUUGCGCGUGGAAUGGUUUAGUAGUAUUUUGGGUGAUUUGUACUGAGCGGGGAGCAUUUUUCUACUACUUAUUAUGAAUUUUUAAGACAUAGCACCCUAAUAAAUUGUUCUGUGUUCGAGCAUUUGCUAUGAUGCCUACCCGUUCUGGCGCAACAACAACACGAAAUAAUGUAAUGUUUACUGUUAAUAUAGUAUAUGCUUACAUACCGUUUAUAAUUUUUUUUUGCAGUGUAGAGAGGGUUAGAAGUGGAGCAGGCAGAGAUGGCGAAGCAAUGGGCUGCUUAUAUGUAUAUAUAGACAAAAUUGAAUUUAUAGUGCAAUUGUUUUUUAAAAAACGAAUUAAAGUAGUGAAAAUCUUUAAGCGUGUGAGCACGUUCUUAAUUUCAAGUAGAAACAUUAUGGCAAUGUUUUUGUUUAAUAUAUUUUUCUCUAAUUAUCUUAUUAACGCUUUUUUAUGUGUAAAUGUUUUAAAACAUGAAAGAAAAGGACUCAAAGGACUUUUUUUGUAUUUUUUUUAACAAAGUGAAAUGUUGCUAUAAUUUUUAAAAUUUACAAUUUAUGUUGUUGACAUUUACCAGCAACAAUAUUGCAUACGUUAAGCGAAAUUGAAAUGAAAAAAAUUCGCAUUGCGCGUUAGGUCCUUUGGACUGUGAAUGGCGAAUGGCAGAAUGCAUAUUUAUAUUUACUAUAUUUAUAAUUACAAAAAAAAUAUUAAAAAAAAAACACUUUUUAUAUAUACUUUACACAUAAUAAACGAAAAAUCCAAAUAAAAUUAAUAUUAAUCAUUCUAUUUUACAAAUAAAGCUAUUGUAUUUAGAUAUCUAUUAUAUUUGCUAUAUUGUUUGAAUGAAACAAGUUAAAAUUGUAAGCGCAUUUAAUGCAAUGCAAAGUAAACUGUAAUAUUAAAAGUGAAAAUGUUGCAAUGACCUCGUGUACCAAAUGUAAUUACGAUCUGAUUUGUUUAGUUGUUUUUUGUAAACAAUAUUUAUUAAUUUUGUAUAAUAACCUAUGUUUACCAACUAAGCGUAUGGUAAGCUCUUUAGUUGCGGUUAAGCUAAAGAAAACUAUAUAGAAAGGACGAAAAACGAAAGCGCGUAAAAUGAUAAUUUCAAUAAAAUAGGUGAUUACGAAAAAAAUAAUAAUUUGUGAAAUCUGCUACAUGCAACAAUUAAAAAAAAAAAUAUUUUGUGAACAUAUUCAGCAAAACCACACCCCUUCGAAAAUUAAAUCUAUCCAAAAGAGAAAGAAGAUUUUUCUGUUUUCGCAAUUAUUUCGAAAAUAUUUUUUCGUACCUCAUUUUAGCAUAAAAAGUUUUCCAUGUAAACAUAAAUACAACAGUUCAAAAUUUGUUUAAACGUAAUUUAACAAAAAAUUUAUUUUUAAUACCCUCUGUGAAACUAAAACACAUACCAAGAUGAGAAGAUUACCAGAUUUACCAAGUAAAACCGUCAAAUAAAGAAAACAAAGCUUAAAAUUGUGUAAUAAGGCACAUUGCAACAACAUGCAUAAAUACAACUAACCCAAUUAAUUACAGCAUACACUCAAAGAAAUUAAAAAAUAAACCAAACAGCAAAACAUAAACAAACAAUAGUAAAAACAGCUAAUUUUCCAAACAAAACAAAUCAUAUAAGUGAAAAAGAGCAAUAGCCCAAAUAUAUAUAACAAUGCUUUGUGUAUUGUAUAUAUAUCCAUCUACACAGUAUAUAUGUACAUUGUAUUAUAUGCAUGCAUAUAUAAAUAUAUUGGAAAAAUCGCAAAAUAGCCGAAAAACUAUUGGUUAUUUACAGAAAUAAGCAACAAAACAAAACCCACAAUAGUAAUCUUCCCUCUCCACACGCACAAAAACAUAAAACAACAACACUGAAUAUGUUAUAUAAGAAAUAAUUGAUUGCAAAUCAAAAAAAUUAAUAUAAAUACAGCCGACAGUCGAUUGUUUUUAUUUUUAAAUAUUGUAUUGAAAUAGUCAAAAAAAAAAACAAAAUAUGCAAUGUAAGUCAAUAAUAUUGACUACAGUAAUAAUAAAAAAACCAACAAUAGCAGUAAACGGAUUGGCAAUAACCAUAAAUAUUGUAAAUUUUUUAAACAAGAUAGUAUAAAAAUGUGUUGAUGGUAUUAAAAUGCGAUUGCUGUAGCAAAUGGCUGGAGUGAUAAAGUAGUAUAUAUGAAGAUGCGUGCACGGUUGGCAAAGCAGUUCAAGCAGUUGGUCAUUACUUACCGGAUAUACAUACAUGUACUUAACAGCGACCACGGACGGAUAUCAUGCGCAUGAACACGUUUUUGUUGACGACAUUUCGAAUUCAAAUAAUUUAACAAAACUUUUAUUUUAAAUAUAUUUUUUUAAUUUAACUCGACUUUUGAUUUUUUAAUCGUCAGCACUUUUCAAACUUUUGAUUAGCCUAAAUUUAUUAAAUUAUUUUUUCUAUACACUGCCUUUAUCAUAUUUUUUGCCAUAUGAUUACUUUUUUUAUUUCUUCACUUAUAAUUUUUUAAAUUUAUUUUUUUUUAACUUCGCUUCACCACCACUUUUUAUUCUUAUUAUUAUUACUUUACGCAUAUGCAGUCAUUGCCCGAAACUUUGCUUUGUAUAUUUUGGUAAGGCACGAAUUGACCGAAACGAACACUUCACUUUAUAUUUGUACCACUUUUUAAUUAAUUAUGUUCAAUUACUUUACGCCAACGCAACGAUUUUCGAAGCUAACACCGAGUUUUUAAUUUUUAUAACUUUUUUUAAAAACCGCGAACACACCGACCCGAAACUUAUGCUUUAAUCUGUUGUACCACUUUUUUUUUUAAUUAUGAUUUUCUCGAACUGACACUUUACUUUUAAAUUUUUACAAAUUUUUCAAAAACCGCGAUUGGUUAUUUUAGGCAAACACAUCGAUAAAUUGGAAUUGCUUUCGAAGCCAACUGCAUUCCCUUUUUAUGAAUUAUAAAAGCAAAAGAGAAUAUUGUUAAUACAGUUCGUUUCGAUGUACCGUUCGAAUAUAAGCACAAACACAAUUGACAGGAGUAACGCCAUUUUGAGCAUCACCUGAUAACAUUUUUGAUUUCAGUGAAAUUUUACAGAAAUUAUUGUAUUAAAGCUCCAAAUAUGUGACACACAGCAAAACGGUACCGGUGUGCAAGCAAAAAAAUAUGACCGCAAGCAAAAACAACAAAUAUCACACACAACAGCCGCUACCAAAAUACGCUGCAUAUAAUCUGCCGGCAAAUACUUAUAAUCUUUACACUUCAACAUACUUGGAGCACACAUGUAUUUUGCUAAUUUCGGCACAACUUUUACACAUAUUCCCAACGAAUUUACUAUUAAUUUAACUAUUUUUUCCACACUAAACACAAACGAAACGCUAACGUGAACACGAACCGAACUUAAUGACAACUGUUGCCGAUUUGUUUGUCAAGUUGCCAUCUUAGUCAAGUGCAGCCAUUACCGUGCGCGGUAGUUAAUGCAGUGCAAACGAUAUUAGGCAGCAACUUCCUUGCGGCCGUUGAACGAAAACUGCAAAAAUUAAAAUGCAGGGAAUUAAUUUGCAAUUAAAUAGAGCAAUUUUUGCUUAGCAGUAAGUAAUCGCAUUUUAAGCAAUAAUUAGCAUUUUACUAACUUGUAAAACAUUAAACUGCGCGUACAAUAAACGUAUGUGUAGAUUUGUCCACAAAAUACCCAACAAUACUUACAAUAGAUAUUUGCUUACCAUAGUUAUACAAUAGUCAACCAAACAGCCGAAAAUACAACUAAUUAACGCAUAAAAUAAUGAAAUGAAAUAAAUGAAACAAUAUAAUUAAUAGAUCAGUCUUUAAAUGUUCACAACAACAACAACAGUAAAAACCAACAGCAAUAGCCCGAAAUACCAGCCUACAAUAGCCCAGUAAUUAAAGCAUUUUCAAAUAAGCCAGAAAUAAUUGAAAACAAGAAAAACCAACAACAGCCACAACAAUUACUUACAAACUACAACAACAAUAUCAAUAAUAUGCCGUAAACAUAAUAAUGAAUAGCAACUUGUACUUAACACUUAAAAUACAAUAUUUUAUUAAGACCUACAUUUAAACGGAAAAAGCGCGCCAAAACGUGCGCGCAAUGCAUAAACACAUAUGUAUAAACGUAAUAAAAUAACAUAUGUAUGUGUUUUAUAUUCUCAUCGAGUUGUCGACUGUUUUUAUUUUAUUUUGCGUCAAUUGCAACCGACAGGUUGCAUAUUUCGUUUAAAAUAAAGAAAUUAGUACUGUUCACUUUCCAUUUAACUGUUUUAAUCGUUAUGUUAAAUUACUUACAAACUCGUACAUAUAUUUUUGAUGACUACUCCCUAAUUAACUAGUGUAGUAAUGUUCAUUUUUGUUAUGUUUGUUACAAUGCGCUUGCGCAAUUCGUUUCCUUACACCUAUGUUUAUGUUGAAAGCUGUAACUAUCAUUAUUAUGAAAUAAUAUUUGUGAAAUUACGUAAUGUGAAACCAUAUUAUUUUUCACCUAACUAUGAACUUACAGUAAAGUAAUUGAAAUGUAUUCGAAAUAAAAACUAAAUAUCACAUACAAAUUACAAUAGUAUCUAACAAUUUUAAUGCAUAAACAAUACAAUAGUUUUCAAAUAAAUCUCACAAUUACAAUUACAAUUACAAUUACAACUACAAUAGCAAUAGCAAUAGUAAUAAGGCUCCAACCACAAACAAUAAACCAUAAAUCAACCAAUGACAACAGCCAUGCGACAGAAAAAAUAGUCGAAAUUCCAAGAAGUCAAUAGAAAAUCGCAAAAUUCAUUAUUUUUUUUUUACAAUUUGUAGUGAUUAAUUUUUCAUUUUGUUUGUUAUUAUUUAAUUAUUAAAAAAUUACGAAAUAUAAUUUUUUUGUCUAAAAAUAUUACACUUUGUACCACAAUUACAUAAAAAAUCAUAUUUAAUUAUUAUUCUAAUAUAAAAUUAACGAAAUUAAUUUUUUUUUCUAAAAUUAUUACAGUUUUUACCACAAUUAUAUAAAAAAAAACAAAGUUCGUAUUUACUUAUUCUACUAAAAAUAAAUUUGUUGGUUUUUAUUUAAAAAUAUUUUGAAUUCCAAAGCAAUACCUAUAUAUUUUUCACUUCCAUAAAUAAUUAAUUUAAUUGCAAAACAAAAAAGGCAUUAUUCCUUAAAUUUUCAAUUUUUUUUCAUGCGCUUUUUUAGUUUAAAACAAUUUAAUAUUUUCUUGAAAUUAUUCUACACAUUUUAUACACAAGCAAUUGUUGCAAAAUUCUUAAAAAUAGCUCAUAAAAUAUAUAUUUUUUAUUAUUGUAAUUAAUAAAUUAUUACUUUGCAUUAAUAUUUUUAUAUUCGAGUGUUGGUAAUUUUAUUGUUAAUACAGUUUUUAUAAAUAAAAUAUGCUGAAAGUUGUAUUUCAACACAAACUACACAACACUAACGCAAGUACAAUAUUUAAAAUUCACUUUGGGUGGCAAAACUGGACAUUACAAAAACACAACAAGGCAGAAUUUUCACAUAGAAUGUACAAAAACAAAACUUCAAAAUGAACUACGUCUAAAUAGUCACUAAAAAUUCAUGACGAGAAACUUACUUAUUUAUUUUGUGCAUAUAUAUAAUAUAUAUUUUGAACACUUUAUCAAAAUAUGAAAAAAUACGUUGAAUUUACGGCAACACAAUUAGAAAAAUUCAAAUAACUCGCAGUUUCAAUAACACGGCCACUAACGGCACACACAAAAUGACAGCAGCAUUUUCCAUUAUGCAGGGUUUACACUUUGCUAUGUGAAAAUUAAAAUGAUUAUGUGGUGAGAAUUUUAUUUUAACUUUUUAAUAAAUUUAAUAUUUUUAAAAGAAAUAUUAAAAUUAUUUUAAAUGGAAAUUAAUAUUUUUAAAAUAAAAUUUAAAAUUUUUAUAACAAAAUCUAAAAUUAUUUGCCGUAAAUGAAACAAGAAAAUAAUUGUCUGCAGAAGCACACUAAAAAAUUUUAAUUAAACGGGUUCACAUAUCGAAAUAUCGUUUUCCCUUUCGUUCUCUUUAUAAACAACAUAUGAAAUGUAAAUGUAAAAAUAAUUUAAAAUUAAAAAAAUAUAUAUAUUGUGCAUUUAAAUUUAAGUUUAUUUAAAAUAAAAACUCGUAUUGGUAAUCGAAUUAGUAGCGUUCUAUUUUUAAUUAAUGCCUAGUUUAAUUCUUUUUUCAAGUGUUGCAACAAAAAUAAAAAUCUAAAAAAAUAAGUGAAACAAAAAUUCUAUUUAGAAAUAGUAGCAACAAAAAUAUCAAACAUUAAAUGCGUGAAGCAAAAAUGAAAAUUAAUAGUAAAACAAUUAUAUAUGUAAAAUAAAGUUAUAUUUACAAAAAUAAACAAAAAAACGUUCAGUUUGAAAAUGAUUGCUGGGGAGACAGCAAGCGAGCAGAAUCACUUUUAUAAACGAUAUAACUUGUUUAGAUUGCCUUAGAUUUUUACGUGUCUAAUUACAUGCAUAGUUUACAUACAUAUAUAAAUAGCGCUAUGUGGAUGUUUGUUUUUACAUAUAUACAUACAUAUAAACAUAUAUAUAAAUAUUUACUAUUUUUAUAAUUAAUAUGUAAUGUAAUUUUAUGAUUUUAAUAUGAUUGAUUUGUUUACACAACUAUCUUUUUCGUUAUUUUAUAUUUACAUAUGUAUAACGUACGUACAUACAUGCUUAAAUACAAAAACAAUAUAUAUAUAUAUACAUAUAUAUACUACAUACAUAAAUACGUAUACAUAUGCUACAUUGAUACUUUAUAAUUUUAAUUGUUUAAAUAUACAAAUACCAAUAUAUAAUACAAAUACACAGACACAUGGAUACAUAUUAUUUUAAUAAAUAAAAAUUUUAGUUAAAACAGAGGAAAAAAACAAAAUAAACAACAAUUUGUGUACUACUCAUUUUUUCAACAUAUAAAUAGCUGCGAGGUAAUGUGUUUUUUGCUUUUUUGUUGUAAUUUCAUUUCUCAAAUACACUUUAACUCUUUUAAAAUGCUUUUAUUUUGCACACAAAUGUAAUAAGAAUAAAGAUUUCGGCUGCAGAAUAGUAAUGGAAUAUUGUAAGGAACAAAGCACACACACACAUGCAAAUAAGCAGAAAAUAUGCGAUAAAAACAAAAUCACAACAAGCAAUAACCAAUUACAAUUAUAGCAAUUAAAAAAAAUUACAAUAAAUAAGUAUUUCAAAUACAAUGCAAUAGACCAAAGUGAAUACUGGUCGUGUGGGGUUAAGCAUGGUGAGAAUUAAAAGUGUGAUGAAGAGAGUAAGAGAGUUUACUAACAUUAAGCUAUUUGAGAUAACGGUUUAAAAUAUUUUGUAUGCAAAGUAACCGGUACAAAAAGUAACCGGUAGCAAAAUAAUCGGUAGCAAAAUAAUCGGUAUGCAAAAUUAGCGGUAUGCAUAGUAACCGAUAUGCAAAGUAAUCUGUAUGCAAAGUAAUCGGUAUGCAAAGUAACCGGUAUGCAAAGUAUUCGGUACGCAAAGUAAUCGGUAUGCAAAGUUAGCGGUAUGCAAAAUUAGCGGUAUGCAUAGUAACCGAUUUGUAAAGUAAUCUGUAUGCAAAGUAAUCGGUAUGCAAAGUAAUCGGUAUGGAAAGUAAUCGGUAUGCAAAGUAAUCGGUAUACAAAUUAAUUGGCAUGCAGAGUUAUCGGUUCGCAAAGUAAUGGGAUCAAAAAGUAACCGGUACGAAAAGUAAUCGUACGCAAAUUACCGAAUCACAAAGUAAUCGGUACGCAAAACAACCGGCAAAGUAAUUGGUACUGAGGUAAAGACAACCAACUUGAAUGUUACAUUUUUUAGAAAGCAAAUUACUAUAACAACAGUAAUUCUCAAACCGAGUUAAUAGUUAGUCGUAAAAACUCCGAGUGCAAGACACAUUUUUAAAGACCCGCCAUGCGAAAGAUCCCAACAUUACCAUUGUUUGCUCCAUUUUCACAUUGAACUAUUGGCAAAAAUACAAACUAAUAACAAUUACAAAGCAAUAGUCACGGUUAAAAGUCAGAACAACUAUUUCGGUGAACGAUUAAAGCAAACUGCAAGAAGUACUUAUGUUUUUUCUUUUUUUUUUUUUAAUUUUGCAAGUUUGAACAACGCUUACCUUUUACCGGUGAUUUCUUUAGAAAAAUGUCAGAUUCUGUAUUUUUUAUUGUUUUCGAAUGUUAGACUAAGCACACAGUUAGCCAUUUGAAUAGAUUGUGCGCCAGAAACCCACUUACAAAAUGCGAUACAAUUUUAUAGAUCAGUGAGUAACCGGUAUUCAAUGCUGACUGCGCAACAGCCAUCACUAACAAUAAGUAGAGGAAAUUCUUAUCUAAACAACAACAACAACUUCAGGGAUCAAAAUUUCAAAUAUUUUGAUUUAUUUAGACCGAAACAACAAGCUUAAGAAGUAAACCAAAACAAACAAAAACAAAAACUUAAAAUAAAUUAAAGUAAAAAACAUAUAUAUACUGAAAACUAGAGAGACACUUGACCAUAUCCGAAAUUUUUUUUACAAAAUGUGUGAAAAUCCAAAAAAAAACGGUAAAUAAAAACAAUAACUAAAUAAUGUGGGGAAUUAUGGCGUAAAAUGGUGGGCACUAUGUUAUUAUAUAUACAUAUAUAACGGUACUUGAAGUACUCGGUCAACUUGUUCGGCGGCUAGACGGGGGUGGGCACGCCCUCAAAUAGCGCACAGAGAUGUAACAUGUAUUAACAAAAGCUGUAACCUAACAAUCUUUAAGGAAAUGAAAUCAACUAUUUUGUAAAUAAAAAAGUGAACAUUUUUGGUAAAAGGAAAUUUCAAGUGGUGAAAGUAAAAUCAAAACAAACAAACAAACAAAAAUAAACUAGCAAAAGAGAAACCGACUUUUUGCGUUUCUUUAGGAAAUUUAAGCGUGAAACUUGUUUCAAAACUUUGUAUGUAAUUUUUUGACAAAUGCUAAAAGCACUUAAAUAAAUUAAGAUUAAAUAGGUCGAGCAUAAUGAUGUAUACGAUAACUAAGUAACUAGUUUAGGCGAACAAAAAAUUUAAUACAAGUAUAGAAAUAUGUAGCUUUGGAAAAUGCUUAUUGAAUAUUGCAAAACUAUAUGGAAAAAGUUUGGUUAGUUUUGAUUUAAAAAAAUUAUUUGAAGAAAAAGUUUAUUUUGAAAUAAAAAAUAUUCUCAAAAAAUUUUCAAAAAGGAAAAAUAAUUUGAAAAAUAUAACUGCAAAUUGUAUUUACAAAAAAACUGUUCAAUUGUUUAUUAAUUAAAAAAAAAAAUUAUUUUAAAAAAAUAUUUUGAAAAAAAAAAUAUAUAUUUUGAAAAAAUUCAAAACAAAAGGAUUUUAAAAAUAUUUGUUUACAAAAAAUUCGAAAAAAUGUUUGUUUUAGAAAGAAAAUUCUUUUGAAAAAAAAUUGUUUGAAAAAAUUCAAAAAAAAAAUGUGUUUUUUUUUUUAAUUAAUUUAAUUCAAUAUAGAAACCUAAAACACACCACAGACACGUGUACACAAAUUGACUGCAUUUCAAGUGGGUUUACUAAAAGCAAAAUUAAUUAAAAACAAAUUAAUUUCAGUUUACUAAUUUUCCAGAAGCAUGGCAACCCUUAACGCUAAUUGCAAAAAUUCAAAAAUCAGCAAAAACAUAUAAAAAGCAUUAUUAUAAUAUUUAUUGAAAAAUUACAUGAAAAUUACAUUACAAAAUUAAUAAUCCCGUUAUAGCCAUAAUUUAUAUGUACACACAACGGUACACGAUUUUCUGUUCAUUCCUCUUCAGUUUGAGCUAAAUUGUUUAUUUUUAUUGAGACGAAGAAAAUUACUGAUAAACUUUUGCUGAAUAUUUAAAACCAAGAAAACAAGAUUUAAAAUCAAAACAAAAUUGUGUAUAAAGUAACAAGAGGCAAGGAAACACCUAAACCUUAACGCUGGGCAUGACAAAUACUGUAAAAUAUGAAUUAAUACAAGAUAUAUUGAACAAAUGCGUAUGGAAUGCGAGACAGAUGUAAAUGCAAGAGAAACAACAAAUAAAAAAAUAGCAACAACAAGGAGAACAAAAACAGAUUUA